AUGCCAGGUGCGGUGCCGGCCUACUUCAAUCCAUCAUUAUCUGCAUCAACGAUCCAAGGCCGCCCUCACCCCCCAAUCGGCAGUCGGCCCACACACCUCAAAAGAGCCAACGAGCUGGUCAGACUGUCCAAGAAACGUGUCGUGGACACCCAACGCGGCGUCGGCAUUGCCAACCUGUCCCUGGCUGACACCUUUGCCCAGCUUGCCAAGGCCAACAAGAUCAAGGACCAUCUCGUUUUUCAGGCGCUGGAGGGCUGCAGACCGGUCUGGGAUGGAUGGCUCAACAACAAUUCCUCGUGA